AUGUUCCGACUACUACUACCGUAUGACAACAAUGGCCACUACCGCAUCAUCAUCAAACAGAAGAAGAAGAAGGAGAAGGGGGACAAGGACGAGGACGUUCUCAAUAGCGAGCAUUUCCGUCGUGCCAUGGCGGACAUCCUGGGGGAGCAGCUAGUUCUACAUUGGGAGAUGAUGAGAACAUGUGCCUUGUACAAAGUUUCCCAUGACUGCAUGCAUGAGAAGUUAAAGAGUGUUGUGGACACAUUUCUGCCUCCGGAGUAUGGCAUCUGCAUCCCCAGCAUGGCACUCUACGUGGAAAAGUCAACCCCAACACCUGAAGCAACAGCACUCACAGCAUCCAUACUCAAAGCAGCCCAAAAAGCAGCAGCACCAUACGUCGCAGCACUUACCACAGUGGUAGCAGAGGGGACGUUAAAAGAAACAGACGUACUCACCUCAGCACUCAUUGCAGCGUCAGCAGCGGCAGAAGCAGCACCCAUACUAACAACAACACCCUCAGAAGCAGUGAAAGCAGCACAACAACUCGACUCAGCACUAUGGACAGCGAUACAAGCAUCAGCCGCAGCAACACCUGCAGCCGUAGAAGCAGCAGCAGUAGCACUCGUUGAAAUAGUAACCUCACAUGCACCCUUGCUGCAGCAGUACUCAUCGCAGACAACACCAUCAACAACACCCGUAGCAGCAGCAGAAGCAGCCACCACACAGGAAGAAGAAGAUGCAGCUGCAGACGCAGCAACAACACCCUCACUAAAAGUAUUCAUCAAUGCACUACAGAUGGCGCAAUGCGUGGCAGGUGUGAGGGCAUCGAAGGGGACACCCCGAGAAGCAGCAGCAACAAAAAAAUUCGCCUCAGCACUAUCCUGGGCGGCAGCAACAGCCACAGCCGCCACACCCACAGCAGUAGAAGCAGAAACAGCUGCACUCGUCGCCGUAGUAACAGGAGUAACUUCAGCGCAGUCAUCAUCACCACCACCUUCACCAUCACCGAUGGACACCUCAGAUGCUGCAGCAUCCACACCAAAACCAGUGGCAGCAGCAAUGGUAGCAGCAGUGGCACCAGCAGUAGCAGACACCACCCCCACAGCCAUAGAAGCACCAGUAGCAACACCCUCACCAACAGAACUCUUCGAUGCGUUCCACGCAGCAGCAGAAGCAGCCGCAGCAGCAACAACACCCUCACCAACAGCAGCAGCACCAGAACUCAUCUCAGCACUAUACAGAGCGGCAGUAGCAGCCGCAGCAGCAACACCUUCACCAACAGAAGCAGCAGCCACAGAAGCACUCGUUGCAACAUUGAGCAGACUACCUGUGUGA